AUGCAGUCGAACUCGUCGCUUUUCGAGCUGCCACCGCUCCCCUCGUAUACGCUGUCGCUGCGCCAGCCGGUCCUCGCUCCCAUUCCGGACAACCUGCUGUCGCUGCUUCUCCCCGUCAUCGCCUACUGGGCGGUGUCCAUGGUCUUUCACUUCAUCGAUGUCAACGAUUAUUUCUCGAAAUACCGACUGCAUACCCCCGCCGAGCUGCUGAAACGGAACCAUGUCUCUCGGAUCGAUGUCGUUCGCGAUGUCCUUCUGCAGCACGCCAUCCAGACAGUCGCCGGCCUGAUGAUGUCGGUCUUUGACGGCCCGGAAUACGUGGGACAUGAGGAAUACGAUGUCGCCGUCUGGGCUAGACGUGUUCGCAUCAUGCAACGUGCCAUCCCGACCGUUCUUGGCUUUGUUGGUAUCGACUCAAUCGCCUUGUCGAAGACUGUAUCAGAUUACCCAGCCCUAUCAGGCUUCUUGGCGGGCGGGCUCUACCCAGGACUCGUCCAGACCUUGACUUUGCACACCGGUCAGCAAGCAACAGCACCUGCCCAUGCCGCCUGGGAGUUUGUGUUUGCCAGGUUUAUCUAUAGCUACUUGAUCCCAGCCUUGCAGUUCUUCUUUGCCAUUCUCACUGUCGAUACCUGGCAAUACUUCUGGCACCGGGCAAUGCACGUCAACCGUUGGCUCUAUGUGAACUUCCACUCCCGCCACCACCGUCUUUAUGUACCAUACGCUUUUGGUGCGCUCUACAACCACCCCGUUGAAGGAUUCCUGUUGGACACCGCCGGCACCGGCGUGGCUUUCCUUCUGACGCAAAUGUCCCACCGCCAGGCCAUGUGGUUUUUCACAAUGUCCACCAUCAAGACCGUCGAUGACCACUGUGGAUACCACUUCCCAUGGGACCCAUUGCAGCUCAUCACUUCCAAUAACUCGGCUUACCAUGAUAUUCACCACCAAAGCUGGGGCAUCAAGACCAACUUCUCGCAGCCAUUCUUUACCUUUUGGGACCGCUUCAUGGGUACUCGCUGGCAGGGAGACGUGAGUCGGAAAUACGAGCGAGCCAGAACCGCCGCCGAGGCGCAAGUUGAGCGCGAACGAACAGAGAACAACGGCCAAUCCGUCAACUCUGUUCUCGAAUCAGAGCCUGGCCCAUUGGACGCAUUCUCUCAAGACGUGUCCGUCCAGGAGAGGGCUCCCCGAAAAAUCCUCCCCCGCACUACCCGUUCGGCUUCAACGAGAAGCCACGGCGUGAACGGCAGCAUUCGUCAGAAGUAA